AACAAAAACAAAGGGAGGCAAGGCUGAGAAGAAAAAUAUUAGUAUCACAAAAAAGACGGGAACGAGAAAUUCAAUCUCCCACCACCAAUGUCGCUCAUUCUACCCUUCUAAUAGAUCAUUUGACAAUGGUCAAACCGAUUCAAUACAUGUAAAUGAAGCCAACAUGAGACACAAUGAGCAAAAGCAAGCAAGGCUAAGAAGAAGAAUGAUCUUAUGGAGGAAGAGAAAUGGGUUGCCUCCCUUAGUGGAGUACUUGGACAUAGGGGAUCCUACAUGGAAGUGUGAAUAUUGUGGAGCAUUAAUGUGGUAUGAUGAAAGGACCGUUAAAGCAAAAAGGCCUGAUGAGCCUGAAUUCAGUCUAUGUUGCUCUUCUGGAAAAGUACAAUUGCCUCUUAUGUUGGAUCCUCCACCAACAUUGCGGCACCUUCUUUUUGAUAAGGAUACGGAACAGAGUAAACAUUUCAGAGAAAAUAUUAGAGCUUACAAUGCAGCCUUCAACUUUACAUCUAUGGGUGCUAAAGUGGAUAGGGAGGUCAAUACCGGUCGUGGUCCACGUGUUUUUAAAAUUUCUGGCCAAAAUUAUCAUAGUAUUGGUGAUCUUACUCCGGCAGAAGGUCAUCGUCCAAAAUUUGCACAAUUAUACAUAUAUGAUACAACCAAUGAAGUUGAGAAUAUAAGGGCAUUAUUCAGGACAAGUGACUCUGAAUUUAUGUUGCACACAAACAUAAUUCAGAUGUUGAAAGAAAUGCUUGACAAGGAUAAUGUUUGGGCUGGAGCAUUUCGGAUGGCAAGAGAUGUUUUUGAUGUACAUGAAGAUGAAAAUUUCAGCUUGAAGUUAAUCUUUGAUAGACAAUCUGAUGGGAGAACCUACAAUAUGCCUACUGUUUCAGAGGUAGCUGCCCUUAUUGUUGGAGACUUUGAUACUUCUUUUAAUAGAAGAGACAUAGUGGUUCAGAAAAAAAAUGGAAGACUAAAGUUUGUUAGUGAGCUUCAUCCUGCCUACCUUCCAUUGCAGUACCCAUUGUUGUUUGCUUAUGGAGAGGAUGGUUACCGGAGUGGUGUUUUACAUAGAGGUCUUGAUCUUGAAGAAUGGAUAUCCAAACCUGCCUACCACACUGUUACUAUAAGGGAGUUUUUUGCUUUUAGACUACAAACGAGGGAGAAGGAACCUGAAACCCUUUUACAUGCAGGAAAAUUAUUCCAACAAUUUAUUGUUGAUGGUUACACAAUGAUUGAGGCUCAUAGAAUGUGUUACUAUAGAAGGAAUCAAAAAAAAUUUAGGGCUGGUUCAUAUAAAGAUGUUAACUCUGCUGUUGAUCAUGGCAUCACUGAAUCAUCAUCUUCCGGAACCCGGAUCUUGCUUCCAUCGUCAUUUAUUGGUGGUAGGAGAUAUAUGAACCAACAUUAUUAUGAUGCAAUGGCUAUUUGUCAUAAGCUGGGCUAUCCAGAUUUGUUCAUAACUUUUACGUGCAACCAGAACUGGGAUGAGAUUAACAGAUUCUUGACAAAGAAAAGAUUGAGGCCAGAAGAUCGCCCUGACGUUGUAACUAGGGUAUUCAAAAUAAAGUUACAACAACUGAUGGAAGAAUUAAAGAGUGGAACUUUGUUUGGUGACGUGAUUGCCGUUGUGUAUACCAUUGAAUUUCAGAAGAGAGGUCUCCCACAUGCGCAUAUAUUGUUAUUUCUUCGGAAUAAGUCUCCAAAUCAUUCUCAUAUUGACAAAAUUAUUAGUGCGGAGAUACCAGAUCCCAAUCCGCAACCGCUACUUUAUGAAAGAGUGAAGACAUCCAUGAUGCAUGGUCCUUGUGGUUCAGAUAAUAUAAAAUCUCCAUGCAUGAAAGAUGGGAAGUGCUCAAUUUUUUUUCCAAAGCCUUAUGUGGAAAGCACUACACUUGAUGAAGAAGGAUACCCGGUGUAUAGAAGACGUAACGAUGGGAGAACCGUCAAAAAAGGAAGCAUAGAGUUGGAUAAUCGAUAUGUGGUUCCUUAUAAUCCCACAUUGUUGCUGAAAUAUGACUCGCAUAUAAAUGUGGAAUGGUGUAAUCAAUCACAGUCUAUAAAGUAUCUUUUCAAGUACAUAAGCAAGGGCCAUGACCGUAUUAUAGCUGGGAUACAUGACAAGAACAAGGAAGUAGAUGAGAUCAAAAUGUAUUAUGAUUGUCGUUACUUAUCACCGUGUGAAUCAGUUUGGAGGACUUUUGGCUUCGAGAUUGUGCAUAGGGAGCCAGCUGUUGAGAGAUUAUCAUUUCAUCUCCCUGGUGAACAAAGUGUGCUAUAUGAGGAUGAUGAGCCUCUUGAUGUUGUCCUAGACAAAGCUGGAUCUAAGGGAACAAUGUUUACCGCAUGGCUCGAAGCAAAUAAAAAGUAUCCUGAAGCUAAAAAUCUAACAUAUGCUGAAUUUCCAUCUAUGUUUGUCCUUAAUAAAAAGGAAAAUAAAUGGGAGCCAAGGAAGUCCGGUAGAAGCAUUGGCAGAAUGCAUUAUGUGAAGCCUACAUGUGGAGAGCUUUUUUACAUGAGAAUAUUGCUCAAUGUUGUAAAAGGGCCUCAGAGUUUUGCAGAUAUUCGAACAAUUGAUAAUGUUGUUCAUGAAACGUAUAGAGAUGCAUGUGCCAAAUUGGGAUUUCUAGAAGAUGAUGGACAAUAUGCUCGAGCAAUCAAAGAUGCUUCUUUUACAUCCUCAGGACAUCGUCUAAGGUUAUUGUUUUGUGAGAUGUUAAUUGCAAAUAGCUUGACAAUGCCGUGCCAUGUUUGGAACGAAACAUGGGAAUAUCUUUCUGAAGGAAUUUUAAGAAGGGAACGACAAGUUUUAAAUUUUCCAGGUUUGGAACUAAGUGUUGAACAACUACGUGCCAAGACUUUAUUGGAAAUUGAAAAGAUACUCAAGGGUCAUUGUAGAAGUUUGGCAGAUUUUCAUGGAAUGCCAUGUCCUGAUGAAAUAUUUGUUCGUGAGGCAGGGAAUAUUCUUAUUCACAAUGAAAUGAGUUACAAUGUAGAAGUCCUUAGAUCUGAUUUACAAGGUCUAAUUUCUUCUCUCACGGAUGAGCAGAUGAAUGCUUAUAGUAAAAUCAUGGAAGCUGUAGAUGGAAACAAGGGUGGUGUUUUUUUCCUUAAUGGUUAUGGAGGGACCGGAAAGACAUUUGUAUGGAGAACACUCACCACUGCUUUGCGUGCUAGAGGUGAUAUUGUUCUUACGGUGGCUUCUAGCGGAAUUGCAGCGAUCCUUCUCCCAGGUGGAAAGACUGCACAUUCAAGAUUUGGCAUUCCCAUAGAUGUGGAUCAGCAUUCAACAUGUAAAAUCAAACAAGGGUCAGACUUAGCUGAGUUAAUGAUUGUGGCUAAAUUGAUAAUUUGGGAUGAAGCUCCUAUGACGCAUAAGUACUGCUUUGAAGCAUUUGAUAGGUCUCUUCGUGAUAUUAUGAGUAGUUCCAACCCGAAUAGUCUCAACGAAGUAUUUGGUGGAAAAACUAUUGUGUUUGAUGGAGAUUUUCGGCAAAUUCUCCCGGUUAUCCCAGGAGGGGGGCGCUCCGAAGUGAUUUUUGCAACAAUUAAUUCAUCCUACAUAUGGGAUAGCUGUCAUGUUUUGUCUCUAACAAAGAACAUGAGAUUGCAAUCAAGCAUCAUGGGGCAGGAUGUUGAUCAGUUAAGAGAAUUUGGCGAGUGGAUCCUACAGAUAGGUGAUGGUCUAGCCGGUGGUCCUAAUCAUGGUGAAGCUGAAAUUGACAUCCCAAAAGAUUUGCUGAUAGACAAUUAUGAUGACCCUAUUCAUGCUAUUGUUGAGAGCACAUAUCCUGACUUGAUGAGAUAUUACAAAGAUAAGGAAUAUCUGGAAGAUAGAGCUAUCCUUUGUCCUACGUUGCGCAUUGUGAGGAAGAUCAAUGAUUACAUGUUGUCUUUGAUUCCUGGUGAAGAGAGAAUUUACUACAGUGCAAAUAGAAUUUGCCCAACUCAAAGACAACAUCAUGCAUUGCAACAUUUGAAUCAGUCUGAAUUUUUAAAUGGCUUAGAGAGCUCUGGACUGCCAAAUCACGAGUUGAAGCUUAAAGUUGGAGUCCCUAUCAUGUUACUUAGAAAUAUAGACCAGACACAAGGUCUUUGUAAUGGGACUAGAUUAAUAGUGACUCAGAUGUAUGAUACUGUUAUUGAAGCCAAGGUGAUUACAGGAGCAUAUAGUGGUAAAAAGCAUUGGAUUACUAGAAUGUUGAUGGUUCCGUCUCAAAGCAAAUGGCCAUUUAAACUUCAAAGAAGGCAAUUUCCUAUCAGCGUGUGUUAUGCAAUGACCAUAAAUAAAAGUCAAGGCCAAUCAUUGAAUAACGUUGGGUUAUAUCUUCCAAAGCCUCCUUUCAUUCAUGGACAAUUAUAUGUUGCUGUAUCGCGAGUAAAGAGUAGAAAGGGAUUAAAGAUAUUAGCUCACAAUAAAAAUGGUGAAAUAUCCAGCAAGACAACCAAUGUUUUAUGGAAAGAAGUUUUUCAGAAUGUCCAUUAGAUAUCUAUUUUGUUAAGUCCAGUGCAAACUUUUCUAUAGAGAGCAUUGACUCAUGAAUGGAAUUCACCUAUUAGUCAUAUUUUAACACCUUUUUUGAUAUCUAAAAUUUAACAUAUUUCAUCUUGUGUUUAAAGUAAUUGUGAUAAAUUCAAU